AUGGAACAGAGAAAUCAAUCUGAAGUCACUGAGUUUAUCCUUCUAGGCCUUUCAAAAGAACCAGAGCAGGAGAGACUCUUGUUCUCCUUUUUUAUGCUUAUGUACCUGAUCACAGUCCUGGGGAACUUGCUCAUCAUUCUGGCUAUUAGAAUUGAUUCUCGACUUCAUACUCCCAUGUACUUCUUCCUCAGCAACUUAUCUGUGGUUGAUAUCUGCUUCACUUCCACCACCAUCCCCAAAAUGUUAAUAAACCAUUUAACUAAGAACAAAGCAAUUCCUUAUGGUAAGUGCUUAACACAAACAUUCUUUUUCAGUUGGCUUAUAGGGACCGACAGUGUCCUUUUAGCCUCCAUGGCCUAUGAUCGUUAUGUGGCCAUCUGUGCUCCUCUACAUUAUACCAUGAUCAUAACCCCAAGAGUCUGUGUGUUUCUUGUAUCAGUGUCUUGGAUAUGGACUUGUAUUAAUUCUCUUAUACAUACUACAUCCCUUUCCCAACUGUCAUUCUGUGGCCACAAUGAAAUCCACCACUUCUUCUGUGAUCUCAGUGCCCUAAUAAAGUUGGCCUGCUCAGAUACCUUCAUCAAUGACUUGCUGAUCUACACAGUGGGAGGACUGACAGCUGUCGUGCCCUUCAUUGGCAUCUUGAUAUCCUACAUUCAUAUUUUCAUGGCUGUGCUAAGAAUCCCAUCUACUGGUGGAAAGAGAAAAGCCUUCUCCACUUGUGGAUCCCACCUCACUGUAGUCUGUCUCUUCUAUGGGACAAUCAUCGGAGUGUACUUCAGCCCCACAUCCAGCCACACAGCACAAAAGGACACAGCAGUAGCUGUGAUGUAUACAGUGGUUACCCCCAUGCUGAACCCUUUCAUCUAUAGUCUAAGAAACAGUGAUAUGAAGGGAGCCCUAAGGCUGCUCCUUACUAGUAAGUUAGGACUCUCUUUGUGCCUCUGA